AUGGUAUUAAAUGCACCAGGUAUAUUAUAUUUCUUAGGAGAUGAACCACGACCUCAUCUGGGUGCCUGGGAGGACCCUCUGACAACACUGUCAGCCUCGGUUCGAGCCUCCACCGGACGGCGGCGUAAAGGGCCCACCGGUGGUGGCAGAACCCAUACCUCAGCGGACAGCUGGGGAUCUAACUCUGAUCAUGAACUUUCUACUGACGAUGAAAGCGAUCGCAGUGCUGCUUCAACAACAAGUCGCGGUCAACUGCGAUCGACUUUGAAUAAAGCUCGCACUCUGUGGCGCUCUUCCGGAGGUUCAUCGGGCUCAUCUUCUAUGAACGGAUCUUUGAAUUCUCCUGGAAUGGCUCAACCCGGUGCAGAUCCUGCUCAUCCUGGCGAUGGCUCGCCUGGAGGGCGCUUAUCGCGAUGGUUUUCAAUGAGAAGAGGUUCUUCGCAUCAAUAUGAUUUAGGAGGCACUACAACAUCCAACAACGCGCAAAUUACAGCCGCUGCAUUAGCUGCAGCUGUUGCAGCAACUAAUAAUAAUCACAAUGUUGUCGAUGGCUCAUCUAAGAUGCCUCAACUAACGGAGAUGGACGAAGACAGUGUACCUGUAACAAAUACAGCUUUGCGAGGCAAAGGUUCUUUCUAUGGAAGAUCGCCGUCCACCACGUCGGGCAGUAGCGGUGUGAACAACGCGAAUCGCAGUGGAUCUUUACCACCUAACAGUGAGUUGACGUCGACGGCUUUGCAACAGCAAAUUCCGCUGCGAAGAACCGCUCCGCCAACAUUGCCACCGCCGCCGCCGGGUCUCACAGAAUUACAACGGAAGCGACGGCUAAUAGUUCAGUCAAUAGUCCAUAGCGAGAAUUCAUAUGUUGCUACUCUUCAGCGCCUUGUUAACGACUAUAAAAAACCGCUGGAAGAAAGCAACCCCCCUAUACUGAAUUCAGCGAAGAUUUCUACAUUAUUCCUAUGUCUGCCUGAAAUCCUACAGUGCCAUUCGAUGUUUAGAUUAGCGUUAGCGGAGCGUGUUCGUGCCUGGGAUCGUGAUGAGCGAUUAGGCGAUGUGUUUUUUAGUACAUUUUCCAAAAGUACAGUUUUGGAAAUCUAUAGUGGCUUUAUUAAUAAUUUCUCUGUGGCGAUGGAACUCGCCAAAAUGGAAUCUAAAAGAAAGUCAGCUUUGGCAGACUUUUUUAAAGUAAAGCAAAUGACGGCACACGACAGGCUGUCAUUCUUCGGUCUUAUGGUGAAACCAGUGCAGAGAUUCCCGCAAUUCAUCAUGUUUUUGCAGGAUUUAUUGAAAGAUACUCCUCAGGGUCAUCAUGACCGCAUGAGUUUGCAAUUGGCUUUGACGCAGCUCGAAUCUUUAGCGGAAAUGCUUAACGAACGUAAACGCGAAGCAGAGCAAAGCCAAGCGUUCCGCGAAACGCUGGCUCGUAUUGGAGGCGUACUCAACGCUCGCUCUCUCAGCGAUGGAAAUCGGUAUCUUAUCCGAGAAGAUGAUGUUACACAAUUGGAGUAUAAUCAAAAUGGAAUGAUAACAAAAUCUAAGCCUCGACGAUUACUAUUAUUGAAUGAUAGAGUUGUGUGUGUCAGCGUAACUCCUCGCCAUUCAUCUGAUUUUGGUGCCGUGGAGAAGCUAACUUUCAAGUGGACGCAUCCAGCGGCGGAUGUAGAAAUUCAAGACUCAGGCGCUAGUCCCACGUUAAGCCGGAUACUCACUGCCGGGCUAAACAGGGGCGGAUCGCUAAAGUCAACCAACGGUACAGAUGGCGGCGGGGCGGAUUCUUUGUGUGGAGAAAUGAACGCUCUCAUGCACGAUUAUGAAGCGAUAUCUCGCAUAGCAACCAUUGUAAAUACUCUAAAAGGAAACUAUCCUGAUUUACAACCUGACACUACGAAACGUAUUCUUCAAACUAUUCAGUCUUCCAUACAGCGAAAAGAUGAGGAAAUGGCAUGGCUAGAUUCAUGCUGCCUACAGUUGAUUGCCAGGGCUCCGCGUGGCGGAAAAGAAGAGACAUACACAUUUCAGACUGCAGGUCCGGCUGUGCGUCGAGAUUGGCUGACUGAACUACGACUGGCCCAACUCGCUCUCGACCCAAACAAUUCUCCUGCCUGGUUGACAAGCGACGCAUCGCCUGCCCGACGUCCUGCUACCAGAUUGCCACUAUUUGUUAGAUCUCACUGCGUCUAUCGUUCGCAACAUAAAGCUGAAGUUAAAUGCGGUUGUUACUACAAUGCUCCUACUAAUACAGGAAGGACGCGCUCUCGCGGUGCUGUAUCCGGCUAUGUAUGGCUGUGCACAAGUGAUGGUGCUAGUAGCCAUUUAUCAGUUUUCGGUGCAACACCAAACGCUGGAACAUUGCGGGAUUGUGCUUCGCACCAUUUGGUCGAAACCCGCGUAACUGCUUUAGAACAUGCUCGCGGCCCGCCAGACGCUGUGUGGCUCGGUACAGACGCUAGAAAAAUUAUGAUUUAUGCGGCUAACGAUCCGGACAAAGCCGAUCCUGUAUAUCAGACAAACGUUCAAGCACCAAUUACGCGUCUUAAGUAUCAUUGCGACUCGACGUUCGUGGGCUUAGCUGAUGGGAAUGUACUUGUUUACAGACGUUCUGGCAAUGACAAAAGUUGGUGGCCUCUACGAGAGCCGCAAAUUGUAAAUAUGGGUUCAGAACCAAUCACAUCACUAUUACCAACAACUGAUGCAGGAUUGUUUGUGUCCUGUGGCAGGAAGGUAAUGUUACUUAAUGCACAUUCUGGCGAGAUUUUACGAAGUUUUAAUAUAACUCGUCAAGAUAAUAGUUCUCAGACUGUAAGUCAUUUAGCUCUCUCUGGAAUUGGAUUGUGGGUAGCUCUCAGAGAUUCAAGCAUUCUUUGUUUGUAUCAUUGUGAAACAUUCAGGCAUUUGCAGGAUAUUGAUAUCGCAAAUGAUGCGGCCCGUGUUGCACAGAAUACUACAAACCGAGAGUUGCAUGGAAAUGCCCAAAUAACAGUUACGCUUAUGGCAUGCAAAGGACUUCUUUGGGUUGGUACAAGCACUGGAGCUUGCCUUACCGUACCUUUACCUAGAUUAGAAGGUGUUCCUAUUAUCGGACGAUUUGAUGUAUCUUAUCAUGUGCACAGUGGACCAGUUACUUUUCUUUUACCAAGGAAAGAAGUUGAGGCAUUUGAUGACAAUACCAAUAACUCAUUAGCACAACAACACAAAAGUGAAACUAAAAAUAUGAAUGAUAAUGCUGCUUCGGUAAGCGUGAAAUUACGUCAAAAUUUAGCCAACAGUCCUGUAGUUUUACGUCGCCGGCGAUCAAGGGGUGGUGGCGAUGUUGCUUCUCGUGGUUCGAAGACUCUUCCGCGCAGUCUCGGUUCGUUCAGCGCCGCUAGUACAACAUCUUCUCAAGGCUCUGGAGACACCUGCGAUGUAUAUGGACUAUAUGGGGACUUAAUGUAUAUUAAGGACUAUGAAGAAACAGUAACUUCCUUCGAAAGUCCUUUACGACGCAGCGACCCCGAAUUAGCAGCAAUCCCUGGCAAAGUGAGCACAUUGGACAGGCGCCUACGUUGGAAAUGUGGUCGGCCGCGCUCACUGGACUUAUCCAACUGGUCUCCUGAUGAUUCUCGAAGUUCCUCUGGUCUCUGUACUACUUCUUCAGGAAGUGAGGAGUCGUCGGUAGCUGCUUCUAGGCGUGGUGUUUCACGUAAUAAUAGCGCAGCAUCUGAAAGAUUGACGCCAGAUAUUACUUCAAAUUCAGUAUUACCACCAAGCAGUCAAUUGACUCCUGCAACAUCUAAUGCAAAUACCACUAUUAAAAUUUCUAAUAAACGCGGAAUAACAGUGAACGCUCAGGAUUCAAAGCGUACAAUAAUAACUAUAAGUGGCGGUAGAGGUUAUUUAAUUGGCGUCCUCAGAGUUGUAUUUCAGCAAAUGAAAAGCAAAAAAAUCUGGACAACAAUCAGGCAAGGUGGUUCCUAA